UGCAUAAACAAUCAAGUUCCUUUUUUUUUACUGACAGACAGCACAUUAUUUUUCACUAAUUUUUAUAAAUGUCACUCUUAGUUUGCUGUUGCAACAAAAAGCCCCUUUUUUGACGCAAGUCAUACUUAUAAUGAGAGACACUUUCGUUUCCAGUUUCCACCAGUACAAUUAAAUGAAAAAUGAGAGUACGGACUUAUUUUUUUGGCCCAAAUUUUGUAAUUUACUGGCAGAAAUUGUUUUGCUAGGCCACAACAAUCUAAUGGAAAAAGAGUAAAUACACGGCACUAGUGCGUUCAUGUGCAUUUUAUAACCUACAAACAGCAUGUCAUUAACUGAAGACACCUGUUAUCAUAAGCUAGAAUACAUCAAUUAUUAAUACAACCACAACAAAAACAUUGGAGGGUAAGUUUUCAAUCAUCAUUAGAGGUUAUGGGUAGACGAGGAGAUAUCCAAUAUUAAUUUCCCCACUAAAACCGCCUCAGAGGUCCUCCAAUCGGGGGUGGCGCUGUGGGACACAUUGGUGUUUAACACCGCUGUCAUUCCCAUCAUACUAACGUUCACCGUGUUGUUGAAUCUUCGACGUUUUAGGUUUUUAUUUAUAUUUUUUACACUACGCUAACCCUCAUAACAUUCAGCUACAUUAACAAUCCUACAUUUAGCCCAGAACGGAAGCGUUUUUUUCUUUUUUGGUACGACGUUGCUCAACUCGUUUACCUGAGUGGAGUUAGCUGGCUCUCGUUUACCUGAGUGUAGUUAGCUGGCGCUCGUCGUGACCUUUUCCCAACUGCUCAGAUGGACGUCAAGGAGGAGACAAUGGCGGCGUUCGAACUCUUCGACGCCAGGAAGCAAGCAAGCACAAUCGAAGUGGCCGAGCUCCCUCAAGCCUCUGUCCUGGUCCCUCUGUUUGUGAGGAGCGGGAAGAUACACACUCUGAUGACCCAGCGCUCGGAGCAGCUGAGGGUGGGUGCGGGCGAGGUGUGUUUCCCUGGCGGCAAGCGAGACCCCAGUGACAAAGAUGAGGUGCACACGGCCUUGAGAGAGGCUCACGAGGAGAUUGGCCUUCUUCCAGGUGACGUCCAUGUCACCUGCAAACUGCUACCCAUCAUUUCAAAGAACGCCAUAAUAGUGACUCCGGUUGUGGGCUUCAUCCCAGAGUCGUUCCUCGCCCAUCCCAACCCUGCAGAGGUGAGUGCCGUUUUCACAGUUCCGUUGGACUUGUUCAUUGGACCCACCGCCUCGCCCAAGGCCACAUUGGUGCCGUCGCUUUCCUUUGACUUUGUGGAGCCCCACACUGGAGCCAGGUAUCACAUUUGGGGUCUGACCGCCAUGGUAGCCUUUGUGGUCGCCAGCAUCGCUCUCAAGACCAAAGCCGAGGGUCAUGAGACUUUUAACGCUGAGGGCUUGAUGUCCAUGCUCAGGCAGGGGUUACAGCAAAGAAUGAGGACUCCAAGUAAAUUGUGACUUGUCAUUUCAUUCGACUGAAGAUUGGGAUUUGUACAAAGGACAAUUGGGUUUCAUUUGUAUUAUAUAAAUAUAUAUUUGACUUGUGUUUUAUUAUUAAAAGCAUAAAUUUCUAACUUUUCAAAAGUGAAGUUGUGAUGUUUUGAAAAAGUUGUACUGAGAUGUGACGAAAGUGAAAGCAAUUUUCUCAAUUUGAGGAGUUGUGAGAAUAGAUGCUUUGUAGCAGUGGAGUAUGUUUUAUAUAUCCUUUUCAUAAAUUAAUACGACUUACACUUCUGGUGGGGACAGGA